AUGCUCAUCGCCGGAGAUGGACGUCCAAAGUACCCGCGGCCCCCUUCUCGUGUGCCGGAAGAUGACCUAGCUUUCGCCUGCGGCGAGGGCCCCGGAAGUGAGUCCAGCAAAGACUCGGUCCAGCUGGCGCUUCAGGAGAGGCAAGCUCGUGGGCUCCAGCCGCUCGAGCCGUGCAUGGUCAUGUUUUGCGGCCACAUGUUCUGCGAACCAUGCGCCCUCCUCCUCGGCGAGAACACUGUUGGAGGAACCGCAGAGUGCCCCUUGUGCAAAAAGGAUUUGCGCCGUCCCUUGUGCGAUCGGGACGAGCACCCACACCUGGCGAUGAUCCCCUUUCCUGCCACGAGCGCAGCUCUCCGAGGCUUCCCGCGGACAUUGACGGAAGGGGGCCGGCUGCCUCCGGUUUGCGUGUGGUGUUUUGCAAACCUGCUCACGGACGGUCUUCUCAGAAGGUACCAGACUGCCCCUGGCGAUGCUGCCAGAUGCCCGAUCGAAGCCGUGAUGUACUGGGCGGGACCUGGGGAGUCUUCUGUUGUUUCCACACCGCUUGAUCCCGAGCUUGGUAAAUGGCAAUCCGAGCUGGAUGGGCUUCAGCUGGAGUUUCUGGACUUUGCUGGAGCUGACUGGGCUGGCGACCGGGUUUACCUGCCUGGGUUUAAAAUGCUACUCCGAGUGGCGAUGAAACGACGGGGCGCCAUUUCUGAAUAA